AUGGAGGUCACAGCAGCCCUGGCAGGACUCCAGGCAGAAGCUAACUGCCCCAUCUGUCUGGAUUACUUGAGAGACCCCGUUACCAUCGAAUGUGGGCACAACUUCUGUCGCUCCUGCAUCCAGCAGUCCUGGGAGGAUCGACAGGACAGCUUCCCUUGCCCUGUGUGCCGCCACCCAUGCCAAGAGUGGCAGCUCAGGAGCAACACCCAGCUGGGAAAUAUAGCUGAAAUUGCCAAGCUACUCCACAUCACCAGGAGGAAGAGGAAGAGGGAGGAACAGACACGCUUGUGUGAGAAGCACAAUCAGAUCCUGACCCAUUUCUGUGAGGAAGACCUGGAGGUGUUGUGUCCCCUGUGCACUCAGCCCCCUGACCACAAGGAUCACCACGUGAGGUCCAUAGAAGAGGCUGCCUCUCAUCACAGGAAAAGGCUCAUGAGUUACAUAGAGCCCCUGAAGAAACAAGUGGCAUAUUUCCAAAAACUGGUAACUACCAAAGAGAGAGAACCAUUAGAACUGAGAGAGAAGGUAGAAAGGCAGAGGAAAAAAAUAUUCUCUGAAUUUGAGCACCUGAACGAGUUUUUAGACCGUGAGCACGAGGCAGCUGUCUCCAGGUUAGCUCAUGAAGAGAAGCACAUUCGACAGAAACUAAAUGCAAACAUAACAGCAUUUUCAGAGUACAUUUCCACACUCAACGAUCUACUAAAGGAGGUGGCAGAGAAGAGUGUGCUGUCAGAAGUGAAACUGCUGACAGAUAUUAAGAGCAUCCAGGAUCGAUGUGAAAGCCUCAACCCCCCAGUGCUCUAUUCCUUCCAGUUAAGGAAGGAAGGCUGCAGCCUUCCUCCACAGUAUUCAGCUCUGCAGAAAGUUAUACAGAAGUUCAAGGAAGAUGUGACCUUGGAUCCUGAAACAGCACAUCCUAAUCUGUUUGUAUCUGAAGAUAAAAAGUCUGUCACAUUUGUGAAGAAAGCACAAAGAUUUCUUCCUAAUCCAAAAAAAUUUAAGUUUUACCCAGUUGUCCUGGGUUCUGAAUCCUUCAGUUCUGGUAGACAUUACUGGGAGGUCGAAGUGGGUGAGAAGCCUGAAUGGUCUGUGGGGGUUUGUAAAGACUCCCUUUCCAGGAAGGCAAAGAGACCCCCAACAACGCAGACCAGAUGCUGGGCAAUUCAGCUGCGCGAUGGUGACUAUGUUGCACAAGGUACUUCUCCAGUUACUCUGGUGGUGAAGGAGAAACCCCGAGGGAUUGGCAUUUAUCUGGACUAUGAAUUGGGUGAGAUUUCGUUUUACAGUUUGAAUGACAGAUCUCAUAUCCAUUCUUUCAUUGAUAGAUUUUCUGAAAUCCUCAAGCCGUAUUUCUGUAUUGGACAUGAUUCUCAACCUCUCACAAUCUGUGCCAUCAGAGAUUUUGAAUGAUAAACUAUCUGGGAGGCUGUCCCAGUGCUUCAUUUUAUUUCGGCCAUUUAUGGUAGAAUAUCAUACAACUAUCAGUGAAUAUAGCACCGAUGAUUUUGUUCUUUUUUAAAUAUGCCUAUG